AUGGGCAACGGCAGGAGGUGCCUGGUGGUAGCGGUCGCCGCCCUACUCGCGCUGGUGGCGACAGCGCGCUCCGAGGAGCAGACGCUCAGCGCGGAAACCACUGACGCACAGGAGGCAACAACGGCAUUUGUAACACUAGUGAAAGAUGAGGAAGAUACUUCAGAAAAUGAAAGUUCAGACGGGAGAACUGAGAUGCCUAACAUUAGGAACAGCAGCAGCUCUAUGGAAAUUUACACUUUACAUGUCUUCUCUGAUAUCCGGCACAGAUAUGCAAAAACCCUUGUGCACAGCAAGAUUGCUAACCUACAGAAUGAAUCAAAUGAGAUACAGUUUAAGAUUGUGCUUCCUGAUUCAGCUUUCAUAUCUGGAUUUAUUAUGGAAGUAAAAGGGAAAGCAUAUAAAGCCCUCGUAAAGGAAAAGAAAGAAGCAGAAAAAGAAUAUCAAGCAGCUGUUCAGCAAGGCCAGUCUGCAGGACACAUUGCAAUGAGAGACACAAACACAUUCACUGUGUCAGUUAAUGUGGAACCAAGAAGCAAACUCAGUUUCAACAUAACAUAUGAAGAGCUGCUAAGUCGUAAGCUCUCUUUGUACAAACAUGUUAUAUCAUGGGACCCAGGACAGACUGUUCGAGACCUCAGUGUAAACAUACAGCUUAAUGAAGCUAGAUCUAUAGUGAAUGAAAGUGUAACUGCAUAUGGCACUUACUUCAGUAACUGCUGCGGAGAUCACAACAUUCGUGGUACAAGAGAGAAGAAUCCAAUAACUGUAACAAAACGUAACUCAGGGAAGUCACUGCUUGUAAACUUCUCUCCAACUAUGAAGCAGCAGCAGUUGGCACUGAGGAGAAAGGAUGACUUGUCUCAUCAGGUGGUGUUCACAUAUGACGUUGACAGAAAAUCACGACCAGAGGGUGAAGUAUUGUUAAUGGAUGGGUAUUUUGUACAUUUCUUUGUUCCAAGAGAACUCCCAGUGUUACCCAAACAUGUUAUAUUUGUUCUUGAUACAAGUGGAUCAAUGUGGGGGACUAAAAUAUCUCAACUUAAAGAUGCCAUGUCAGUGAUAUUGGAUGAUCUAAGUGAAAAAGACUACUUCAGCAUCAUCCAGUUCAACACAGGUGUGGAGGAAUGGUCACCUCAUCAGCAGGACUCUGUUGGGCUUAGGCCCGAAUGUUCUACUUUCAAAGCAACUUCGCUAAAUAUACAGUUGGCAAAAGAUUAUGUUAAAUCUAUGGAAGCCACAGGAGGAACUAAUAUUUAUGAAGCUUUGAGGAAAGCUCUUCAAUUAGCAUCAAAGAGGCAAUAUAACACAGAAAACAAAAAUGCAACUGACCUUCCUCAACCAAUGAUUCUCUUCCUCACGGAUGGUGUUGCCACCAUAGGCCAGAUCCGUCCUUCCAGGAUUCUUGCUGGAGUAAGGGCACAUAACACAGAGACUAAGGCAACUGUUUUCACACUGGCUUUUGGGGACAAUGCCAGUUUCAUUUUCCUUAAACGUUUGGCAUUGCAAAAUAAUGGAUUUGCUCGUAAAAUUUAUGAAGCAGCUGAUGCAUCUCUCCAGCUCCAAUCAUUUUACCAAGAAAUCUCAUCACCUGUUCUGUCAAACGUAACUUUCAAUUAUGUGAGGUCAAUGGUAGAUGAAGCAGUUGUGACUCAAAGCAAGUUUCACUCAUUCUACAGAGGAAGUGAAUUGGUUGUUGCUGGUAAAGUAAAGAAAGAAAAUGAAGAUGAUCACACAGAAAAUAUUUCCCCUGAAGUAUCAGCUUGGAGCUUUGGCAAACAUUAUCAACAAUUUCCAAGUGAAGUUAUAAAAGAAAAGAAGCAGACUAAAGACAUUGAGAGCAGUUACGGAGUUCUGGAAAGAUUAUGGGCUUAUCUAUAUGUCAAACAACUCCUUGAUGAGGCUUUAAUGUUGGAAGAAAAAGAUGAACACAGUCAAAUGCAGUUGCAGCAGAUUACAAUGAACAAUGAAACUGUAAAGCCUUCUCCUAAAGAAACAGCUCUAAAUAUUGCCUUAAAGUAUCAGUUUGUGACUUCUGUUACAUCUCUUGUUGUGGUAAAACCAUCUGCUGGAAGAAACAGCACUAUCACUUUCCAUUCUCAAGUGCCAAAAGAUGCUGCAGAAACUAUGGAUACAGCCCCAUACCACAACAAAAUCAUGGCCAUUGCAAUGCCACCAUAUUUUCCAGGCAAGAGACCUGCCACAACAAUACCACAAUUUCUUGAGCAAGACAAAAUAGGAUCACUGCUACCAGCAAUAACUACCACAAACAAGCCCAUAUUGACUCUUAAUGACAUCACAUGGCUUGAUCAGUAUCUUGGCACAGAUGGCCAGCUUCACAUUAUCAGCAGGAAUUCAUCAGAAGAGAACAGAACUUUAAAUAUAUAUUCAAUACAGGAAAAAGUUCCAGUUCAACCAUGUACAACCCCAAAUAAUGAACGAGCAACUUGCAGGCCUCUUGUGGAAUGUGUGUUGCCUGAAUUCAAAGAUGAUUAUGACAUCUUUCUACAGUACAUUUGCUCAUUUGGAGAAAGUGACAGCUCUCUCGGUGUGUGCUGCCCUGUCUCAACUGGCCCAGGCAGUUCACCAAAUGAACCAGCAACUGAAAAUUAUUCAUUAGUGCCAUAAGCAGCCUCUGUCCUAUUUUGUGUUACAUUAAACAUAUUUAUUGAACA